UCUCAACACUGACUCCGUACAGUAACCGACUAACCCUCGUUUUUUCAUUCACAAAACUUUGCCUCAACUAGCCACGUACAGAAAUCUUCACCCUCACAAAAUACACCAUCUCCUUCAUAUAUUAACCAUAAUAUCCAUACUAUUCCCAUUCUUAAAACCAAUUUCAAACUAAAAUUCACUAACCAUUAAUCCAAUCAAGUCACAACAAAACUCACAAAUCAUGGUUCUCAUUGUUCACUAACAAUCACCACCAUUAAAAAUCCACUCUCAUGAAUCAACAACCUUAACAUUACAAUCAAUUUCACCACCAUAUUUCAACAUCUCUAAUAUAACAUAACAUACAAACUCACAAAAUCAUGAACAAUAUUAACAUUAUUUGUGUGUGUAGCAUGUUUUACAGGAAAAAGAAAAAGGAAGAAGCAAACAGCUCCCAUCACCGCGAGUUGCUCAUCGUGGAUCCAUAGCACUACAGAUCCGCCACCGUUGCUUGCAGAUCCAUCGACGCUUUGGCUUCACCAUUUCCGUUCGGGAAUUUCGAAAUAGCUGCCAAGAAGAGGACGAAAUCGGCAAACAUCACCGUCGAAAUACAAACCCAGCAAGCCGAACCACCACGCCGUUGAUCUCGCCUCCGGUUUUCACUAAUUUCGGUUUGUUCCCGUUUUCUACUCAUGUUUCCAUUGAUUCAUAUGUUAUGAUAUUUUGGUUUGAGUAUUAAAAAUUGGAACUUGUUUUGGAUCUAUCGGUGAAGAAAAAUUUGAAGGAAAAAUGGUACAAACUGUUGAUUGUGUUUGUGUAUGGAUGCUGUUCCUUUUUUGUUGUUUUGUCCUUUUUGUCAAUUGCUAGGUGUCGUGCAACUAUUGGCCACAUCCAUAAUUUUGAAAAGUCAAAUUAAAAUUAAAAUUAAAAUUAGAAAAACGAUUAACAUGGGAGAGGUGGAACACGUCAUUUUGUUUACUAUCCAUCAUCCUUAUUUUUUUGUAUAGCUAAUAUAAUUAUCUUAUUUAGAUGUUAGAGCUUUAUUUAUUUUGUCUUAGUUUCUAGAUUUUGGGAUAAUUUAAUUAGGUUAGUUUAGCCUUUUUAAUCUUAUCAUCAUAAAAAAAAAUAAUAUAAAAAAUAACCACAAAAACAUUUGGAUUUAGAUUUUCUCUAAUAUAAAAACUCUAAAAAUAUGUUGUCUCUUUUAAUUCUCCUUAGAAUUUAAUAUGGUUUUUUAUGUUAGAUUUUUUAUUAUUUUUAUUCAUUAUUUGUUAAUAUUCUUCUAUUAUCACUUUAGACAUUGUUCUUUCGCUAACCAUUUUUUUAAUUUUUGUGAGGUACUGUACUCGAGGUUUUCGGAUUAUUCUCAUGAACAUUUACGAGUUACUUUUGCACGCGUAAUUGUUUUUAUUUUCAUUCUGUUGCUGUAAUAAUUUCUUAUCCCCAUUCUGGCGAAUUGUAAAUCCCUCUCCCAAAGCCAUGUAAUAGCUUAGAACUCUUUUACUUUCUGCACUUUAUAACUGCUUAGAUGAAUGUUUAAUAGGAUUGUAUGACAAGAUAACAACUGAACGUUAGCUCACUAACGCAAGAUAAAUAAAUACUCGAAUCUAAUACACGUGAUUGAUGCACACACUCACCUUAGGGUACGCCUCUCUUGGUUGCCUUCGAUUGUAUGGUCGUGUCCCUCGAAUGUAGAGGUACCCAUUAGCAAAAGUCCCUCGAUUAAAAAUCAUCGCAAAGAUCAUAAGUCCCUCGAUGUUGCCUACGAUGAUAUGAUCUAGUCCCUCGAAUGGUUGCUUACGAAACGAUGAUUGUCCCUCCGAACAUUGCUAAAGGUACCUCUACCUGUUGCUUUCAACGACCUCGAUGACCCUUCGAUGACCCGCACGUCCAAUAUAAACAAGGAUUUCCUACUUCUACAUAGUAUGGAUAAUCCUAGGAAUUUUAAAAAGUAUAGAAAAAGACCAACUAUUUAGGGUACCAACUAUUUAGGGUAGUUCUCUUAAUAUGCCUAGCUCAAUAAAAAACAUCUUUUCAAAACUCUUUCGAAAAACUAAGGCCAUGCAUUUACGCUAAAGUCCUUAUGCCCCUUUUCAAUUCAAAACAAACAAACAUGAGCUAAGCAAAUUAAGAGCCCGUAGAUAACUACGGAUGAAAAGGGUGCUUACACCUUCCCUUUUCAUAACUUACCCCCCGAGCCCGUUUUCUUUUCAAAAAAGGUCUUUUUCUGUACUUUUUACCUUUCCUGACAUUGGACAAAAUAAAAGUCGGUGGCGACUCAUGCUCACCGCAACAUUGUUGCUUAUAUAAAAAAAUAAAAGUCAGUUCACCGAGUUACAAAGGCUAUAACGUCAAAUCUCUGACUGACAAAAGGAACGUUAGAAGCUACAAAAGGCAAAGUCAGUAAAAGCAUGGCUCGAGGUAGUUAACAAAAGUGUGAAACAUUAAAUGCAGCGUUGUACUAUUCACUGUCAUACCCCAAAAUUUACCUGAUAUAAUCCACAUCUUCUAAUUUAUUAAAGGUGUUAAAAAUUAAGAGCUAUAGGGUUUAAUAUAUCUAUUAUUAAACUCGACCUCUUAUAAAAUUUCCUUAUAAAUUGGUUGGAAUAAAAAUUGGGGUUUGAAUAGCAAGUAUUUUGGGAUCUAAACAGUGGGCCCAAGUGUUACAAAAAUUAUAUGAUUUUUGGAGAAAUCAUUUGUGUUUUACUAACAUUUGUUUUUAUUUUUAUUAUUAACUUUUAUUAAUAUUAUGAUUAUUAUUAGGUAGAAUUAAGAUUAAUUAGGUUUUUAGUUCUAGUUAGGUUUUAUUAAUUAUAUAAUAUUAAGAUUAUUAGUAUUAGUUAAAUAUUAUUAUUAUUAGGAUUCUUUUAGUUUUUAAUUAUUAAGUUAAUUCGACAAUAGGCCCAUUAGGUGUAGAAAACCCUAAUUGGGACUAAUAUAAAUUAAUGUUUUUUGUACACCAGGGGAUCGGAAAAAGAAAAAUAAUCUGAACCCUUAUUUUUUAAUCCUAACCUAGCUUCCACUCUCAGUAACAAUUUCAACCAGGUUUUCUAACUCUUAUACUCAUCUUUCACGGUACAGCUCCCAUAAAAAAAAAAUUCUUUACAAUCACAUACUAUAACAAUCACUUCUCCCAUAUUAAAUCCAGGAUAUCAUACAUACACCAUCAAAACCAAAUUCAACACAUGUGUGUAGUUUGUUCUUGCAUUCCUUUUGUUAUUACUAUUAUUUAACUUUGUGUGCAGGUUGUUCUUAAUGAGAGGAGAUUCAAACAGGAAUAGAUAAAAAAGGAAAUUGUGGCUAUUGAUUCACUGUCAAAGGACCGAACUAACACAUUCUGCCGUCACCGACGUCACCACAAGAUUUCUCUUUCGCAGAUCACGGUGACCCCCAUACGCAGCAGAUCCACGAGCAGCUCAACUCAGUCCGCAUCUCUCUGACGGAAACCCGACCCACCAAAAUUGCAACCUCCGUUCGCAACCGAACCCAGCCACCCACCACGCCGUCGAUCCCCAUGCAGAUUCACCAUCGACGCCGGUUCACAGCCACAGAUCUCCAAUCGCACAUAGCAAAACCACCGCACAAAAGACCUUCGUCAUCAAAUCCGACUCCAACGCCACGACCAGUCUUGAAUCACCGUCGUGCAGCCAUCAUUAUGUUAGCUUCAAUCAUCAUCAAUUAAUAGAUUCACAAACACAGCGUCUUCAACUAAAUCCGGAUCUAAAAUCUUCACACGACCACCAUACGCGACCUCCACGCCUUCGCUGGAAUCACGAUCGAUUGUGUAUUGGUUCGUAGCUGAAUGACAGGUGGUCCAUGGGGAGGAAGAUGAUCCAGUCCGCGUGCUUCUUUUAUUUAUUUAUUUCAUUCAUUUUUUUUUAUAUACUAUGGUUUGGGAUUGUUAGGCUAACAGUGAAUGUACAUAGCUUGGAUGGCAAAAGGGGCGUGUUUGCAAGCUGAAGGGUCUGGGUUCGAUACCCAGCGAGACCUUUAUAUUUUAAGCAAAUUUGGCCUCUAGAUCCAGUGCGCACUCUCCAUGGAGAGUCAUCAUACACCCUCGCCCAGCACCAUCUGAUGUUCUCCAGUGCGUAAUCAAGAGGCCCAGGAGUGCAGACACACCAUACUCCCUUAGAGAUGCGCGCACAUGGAAUAAUUGCCAGGUUUUGCAAUAUAAUUUCUUUUGUAUAAUUGUUAUUAUUUAGUUUUAAUUAUUUAUAUCUAGGAUAAAUUAAUUGUAUUUAGGUUUAGUCAAUUCAUUUAAGAUUAGAAUAUUAAAUUAGGAUUAAAUAAUAAAAUUAGGAUUUGAAUAAGGUUUAGGAUUUCCUCCCGAUUAUUUCGAUUAUAUCGAUUUAAUCUAUUUAAUUAAUUUAACUAUAAAAAUCACAAACACCCUAUAAAGGUGUAAGUAUUAGGGUUUGCUUGAUCCCAUCGCCCAUUUGGCGAAACACUAACUUUCGAUAAAUUUUCUCCUCGACCCUACUAAAUUUAUUAGUCGUAUUAGACGAGAGAUAAAAAAUACCUAAAAUUUAAAACAUAUUUAAUUUGCUACCCGCGACGAUCAAUCUAUCGAUCUGAGUAACCAGCAAUGCCCCACUAAUCCGUUAGCUAUACUGACCGAAUCUAUUGGUCAUCGCAUCUAACGGUGACAAAUCAAAUCAGAGUUGUACGCCCAAACAAACAGUCAAAAUACACUAAACCACGACACUACGGAUUUUCAUCCUUUUCAAUCAGGCAAUUCAAAAAGCCUUUCAAAUCACAACUUCUAAAAGCUACGAUAGGCCAUUCAAAAAGCCUUAAAACCAUAUUCAAAUUCAAAGGCGUACAACCCUGUGCCCGAACUACGUUGACUCUGAUUCUCCUUAAGGAGAUACGUAGGCACUUGGAUAACCAAGGCGAGUCCCCCUCCCUAAAAUCUCAAUUCACUUAAAAUCUCAAUUUUGCCCUUUUCAUUUCCUUAGCUAUUAAACCUCUAAAUUUUAGCCAUAGAACCUUUACCUUAGAACAAACCUUAGGAAAGGGUUGGGGGUGCCUAACACCUUCCCUCAACGUGAUUAUAAUAACUUACCUCGAUCUCUAAACUGCGUAGGGUUUCCUAUUCGCCCUUUAGAAUAGGUGGCGACUCUAAAACCUUUAUUUUUAGGGCAGGUUGCUACAUUCACGCAAAGCAUUAAAUGCUCCUAACAGUCAUUUACUCUCAAGCGCCUAUAUAUAGAAGUUCCAUUCAGAAGCAGCAUACAACACUUUGCGCAAACAUACCAAAACGCUGUCAAACUGAAAAGCAAAAAGAACUUCAUCUUCAACCUCACAAACUUUGUAAUAUCUUAGUGAGAGUUAAGAACUAGAACUUAAGAGAAAUAUCACUUUGUGUGAUUACAGCUUUAUUAGAAGCAAGUUAUACUCUUGUAAACAUUUAUCUUUACAUUGAUUGUAAAAGGAUUUCCUAGAGUGAUCAAUUUGUGAUCUUUAGACUCUACAAGACUUAGAGGGUUUCUAAGUGGAUAACCAUUGUAAUCAGUUGGAUUAGUGGAUUAAAUCCUCAGUUGAGGUAAAUCACUCUAAAGGGGGUGGACUGGAGUAGUUUGGUUAACAACAAACCAGGAUAAAAAUCAUUGUGUUGAUUAUUUUUAUCUUCCAAGUUUUUGAGUUACGGUUAUUCAACCCCCCUUUCUUAGUGUUUUUCUAUCCUUCAAUUGGCAUCAGAGCGCCGGUUCUAGGUGCAAGCACUUAAUCGUGUUAGACAAAAGAUUCAGGGAGAAAAACACAAAAUCAAUAUGGUUGAAACAACUUCAUCUACUCCUCCUCCUGAGCAAAACAAUGGUAACAAUUGAAGUAAUAGUUUCAAUGGCUAUAAUAGACCACCAGUCUUUGAUGGUGAAAACUUUGAGUAUUAGAAAGAUAAACUCGAAAGUUACUUUCUUUGUCAAGAUGGUGACUUAUGGGAUCUAGUGCUGGAUGGUAACACACAUCCUAUGAAUGCUCAAGGUGUCAAGAUUUCUAGACAAGCCAUGAGUGAUGCUCAAAAGAAAGACUUCAAGAAUCAUCACAAGUCAAGAACUAUUCUGCUGGAUGAUAUCUCUCAUGCUGAGUAUGAGAAGAUAACAAACAGAGAAACAACUCAUGAUAUCUUUGAAUCUCUAAAGAUGACUCAUGAGGGAAAUGCUCAAGUAAAGGAGACAAAGGCUUUAGCUCUAAUCCAGAAAUAUGAAGCAUUCAAGAUGGAGGAAGAUGAGAACAUUGAAGCAAUGUUUUCAAGGUUCCAGACUCUGACUGAUGGAUUGAGGGUGCUUGAUAAAGGCUACACCAAAGCUGAUCAUGUAAAGAAGAUUAUUAGAAGCUUACCCAGAAGAUGGGGACCCAUGGUGACUGCCUUCAAGAUUGCCAAGAACUUGAAUGAAGUGUCUCUUGAGGAGCUGAUUAGUGCCUUGAGAAGUCAUGAGAUUGAGCUGGAUGCAAAUGAGCCUCAAAAGAAAGGUAAGUUUAUUGCAUUAAAAUCUAAUAAUAAAAAAUGCACUAACGCUUUACAGGUAGAAGAAGAAGUAUCUGACGAGUCAGAGUCAGAAGAAGAAGAAGAUGAACCAUCUCUCUUAUAUAGAAGAGUAAAUCAACUCUAGAAGAGCAAGCAGAGAAGGUUCAAGAACUUUAAGAACUUCAAGAGGCCUGAAAAAGGAGAAUCUUCUGAGCACAUUAGAUCUGGAAAGAAGAAAGUGAUGUGCUAUGAAUGCAAGGAACCUGGACACUACAAGAAUGAAUGUCCAAAGCUUCAGAGAGAAAAACCCGAGAAAAAGUUUGAAAAGAAGAAAGGCUUAAUGGCUACUUGGGAUGACUCAAAUUCUUCUGAUCAAGAGUCAGACUCUGAAGAUGAGCAAGCAAACAUAGCACUUAUGGCAACAGUUGACGCCAGUGAAGAGUCUACUUCUAAUUCAGACUCUGAUGAGGUAUUUUCUGAACUUUUUAGAGAUGAUUUAGUUUCCAGCUUAUCUGAACUUCUGGAAGUUAAGAGUCAGCUUAGUAUCAAAUACAAAAAGCUCAAAAAGCUCUUUGCAUCUGAAACUAAGAGACUUGAAAUAGAAAAUUUUGAACUGAAGGAAAACAUUUUGAAAUUAACCAAAGAUGUUGAGUCAUCUUCAAGUUCAGAAAAGUCUAUUCCAAGCACUAACAAUAUUCUGAAGGAAUAUGACUUGAGUUUCAGAAAGUUUCUAUCUAGAUGUAUGGCAGAAGUCAGCUAGCCUCUAUGAUAUAUGGUGUAAGUGGAAACAAGAGAAUAGGCAUAGGCUAUGAGGGUGAAAUCCCAUAUAAACUUGAACUUAUUGAUGAGAUGAUAAUCAAAUACAAGCCUUUGUAUGAACAAUUCAAGUAUGGCCAUUCUCAUGAUAUUAAGCACACAUCACAUGCUAAGAGUUUCCACAUAACACACACAAGGAAACAUGCCAUUACACAUUCUGGAAAAUAUUAUGUGAAACCUCAUGCUAAAUCUCAGUUCAAUAAGAACUUGAGAAGAACUAACCCCAAAGGACCCAAAAGAAUGUGGGUACCUAAGGAUAAGAUAACUCCUAUUGCAGAUCUCCUUCAAAGCUCAAAAGAAAAACAUGUCAUGGUACCUGGACUCUGGGUGCUCACGUCACAUGACGGGAAGAAGGUCCAUGUUCCAAGACCUAGAACUUAAAUCUGCUGGAGAAAUAAAGUUUGGAGGGAAUCAGAAGGGAAAAUCAUUGGCUCGGGAACCAUAUGUAUUGGUAACUCUCCCUCUAUAACUAAUGUUCUUUUAGUAGAUGGAUUAGCUCAUAACUUAUUGUCCAUAAGUCAAUAAAGUGACAAUGGUUAUGACAUAAUCUUUAAUCAAAAGUCUUGUAAAGCUAUUAGUUAGAAGGAUGGCUCAAUCCUAUUUACAGGCAAGUGAAAGAACAACAUUUAUAAGAUUGAUCUUUCAGAUCUUAAGAAUCAAAAGGUUACUUGCCUUCUGUCUGUUAGUGAAGAGCAGUGGGUCUGGCACAGAAGAUUGGGUCAUGCUAGUUUGAGAAAGAUCUCUCAGAUUAACAAACUCAAUCUGGUCAGAGGACUCCCUAAUCUGAAAUAUAAAUCAGAUGCUCUUUGCGAAGCAUGUCAGAAAGGGAAGUUUUCAAAACUUGCAUUCAAGUCUAAAAAUGUUGUCUCUUCCUCUAGGCCACUAGAACUUCUGCACAUUGAUUUUUUUGGCCAAGUCAAAACAGCAUCUAUCAGAGGGAAGAAAUAAGGAUUAGUCAUUGUAGACUACUAUAGCAGAUGGACAUGGGUAAAGUUCUUGAAACACAAGGAUGAUUCACAUACUGUGUUCUUUGACUUAUGCAUUCAGAUUCAAUCUGAGAAGGAAUGCAAAAUCAUAAAGGUCAGAAGUGAUCAUGGUGGUGAAUUUGAGAACAGAUUCUUUGAAAUUUAUUUCAAAGAAAAUGGUAUUGCCCAUGAUUUCUCUUGUCUAGAACUCCACAGCAAUAUGGAGUUUUAGAACGAAAGAAUAGGACUCUACAAGAAAUGGCCAAAACCAUUAUCAAUGAAACCAAUAUGGCUAAGCAUUUCUGGGCAGAAGCAAUUAAAACAACAUGUUAUAUUCAGAAUAGAAUCUCUAUAAGACCUAUUCUAAAUAAGACUCCUUAUGAAUUGUGGAAGAACAGAAAGCCCAACAUUUCUAAUUUCCAUUCAUUUGGAUGUGUAUGUUAUAUUCUGAACACUAAAGAUCGUCUCUAUAAGUUUGAUUCUAAAGCUCAGAAGUGUUUCCUUCUUGGAUAUUCUGAACGCUCUAAAGGCUACAGAGUAUACAAUACUGAAACACAGAUAGUUGAGGAAUCAAUCAAUAUCAGAUUUGAUGAUAAGCUUGGUCUUGAAAAGUCAAAGCAGUUUGAGAAUUUUGUAGAUAUAGAUAUCUCUAACUCAGAUCAUGAAGAACCCAGAAGCAAAGUAUCAGAAGAUCAACUUGCUGCAUCUUUAGAGAAUCUUAGAAUUUCUGAAGAGCCAACACUCAGAAGAUCUUCUAGACUCAACUCUGCUCAUCCAAAAGAUGUUAUUAUUGGAAAGAAAGAUGAUCCCAUCAGAACUAGAGCAUUCCUGAAGAACAAUGCAGAAUUUCAAUUUGGUUUAGUACUAUCAUACCCCAAUUUUUGACCCUAAGAUCAUACAAUGGUUGCAUUUUAAUCAUCAAUCAAGAGCACCAUUGUGAAGCUCCAUUCCUGAUAUUGUGAUUAUCUUUGAGGGGAACCAUCAAGCAUUUAUAGCUUUUUUAUUUGUUUGAUACUAACCAAAAUCCAAAUAUAUGUAUUUUGUCUCUUUUGUUUAUAUUUUACAGGUAAAAGAUCGGGCAAAAAUCAAAACAGUGCAAGAAAACAGUUUUUGAAAAUUUGAAGGUGGAAAUCAAUUUACCCAUAUGGGAAAUCGAUUUCCUGGGUCGAAAAUUCAAAAAAAAUAAAGAGGGAAACAUAACAUCAUUUUGGCACCUAUUUUCUUUGAUCAUUUUUGUCAUUUUACCAAUUUUCCACCUCACCAAAAUUAAUCCCCCUCAUUAAACUCAUUUUACCAUUUAAACACCAAUUAAACACAAGUUAAUUACCAAAUGCUUAAAGACCAAAUUGCCACUACUCUUGCUCCAAUUCUAUAAAUAGAGGUCUCUACUCCCUCAUUUCACAAGCUUGGAGAGCCAAAAAAGUUCUUGCAAUUUCUUUUCUCAUCCUUUCCAAAACCCUCACCCAAAGUUCAUUUUCAUAGAAUUAGUGACAUUCACAUUGAAUCUUACUAGUUUUGAACUAAACCUCCUACAUUUCACUCUUUUCUUUGUUUGUUCAUCUCCAAUUUUGAAGGAUAUACUCAAUUUGUGCUUGUUCUUGAAGCUACUCCAACAUUUGGUUCAAGAAGUGAUUAAGGAGUAGCGGCAUUAGUGCUCGGUGAGGAUGACUCGUAGAGUUUAUCCGUUGUUUUGGGUCGUGUCGGUCAUGCUCUGAUCUUGUAACACUGGAGGACGAUAGUUAUAGAGAUUUAUGAGAAUUCUCUAUUUAAUUGGUGUUGGAUUAUGGUUCCAAUUGGUUUUGUUGAUGAUGUUCUUUAUUCCGCUGUGAUAAACAUAAUUGUGUUUUUGGUAAAUCGUUUCCUAAUAAAGCAUGACUUGACCAUGAUUGGUUUAUUUAUUUUAAAAAAAAUUGUGACACCCUUGUGUUUAUGUUUUACUCUGAUAUAUUUAUUUAAUUUGCCGCGGGGUUUAGAAGGGUGUUACACCUGUUAUGGUCAACACGUCUCCUAUUGUGCAUACUGGUCCUUUCGUCCGAGAGCCCAUUUAUGAUGUUGCGCCAAGUGAAGGUUUGGGUAUUCACAACAGAAUGGAUGAUUUCCAAGAUCAGUUUGAAGAAUUGCAGAAAGAGAUGAAAGCCCUGCGUGGGAAAGAACUGUUUGGAAAGAAUGUGCAUGAUCUCUACCUUGUUCCCAAUGUGAAAGUACCUGCUAAGUUCAAGUUGCCGGAAUUUGAGAAGUAUAAAGGAAAUUCCUAUCCUCAGGCGCAUCAGGUGAUGUAUGUAAGGAAGAUGUCCACUAACACUGAUGAUCAACAUCUGUUGAUCCAUUAUUUUCAAGAUGGUUUGACUGGAGCUGCUUCUAAGUGGUAUAUGGGCCUUGAUAGCACCCAUAUUCACACUUUUAAUGACUUAGCUGAGGCGUUUGUGAAGCAAUAUAAGUAUAAUGUGGACAUGGCUCCUGAUCGAGAUCAGCUGCGCGCUAUGAUGCAAAAAGAAAAGGAAUCCUUUAAGGAAUAUGCUCAGAGAUGGCGUGAGGUUGCCGCCCAAGUGAUUCCUCUGAUGGAAGAGAAAGAGAUGACUAAGAUUUUCCUGAAGACUCUUGGUCCAUUUUAUUAUGAGAAGAUGAUUGCAAGUGCUCCUGUAGACUUCACUGAAAUGGUGGGAAUGGGUGCCAGGCUGGAAGAAGCCGUGCGAGAAGGUCGUCUGGUUCAGAACGAAAAUCCUUCUAGUGGUGCAAAGAAGUAUGGUUCUUCUUUCCACAAGAAGAAGGAAUCAGAUGCUAAUGUUGUUUCUCAUGGAAGGAAUAGUCGCUCCCAAAAUCAACCUCAUCAAGUGGCAUCAGUGACUCUUGUUGUGAAUUCAGUGCCUGUAGCUCCGGUUAAUCAACAACCAGCAAGGCGGAAUCCGUAUCCUCGAGUUAAUUUUGAUCCAAUCCCCAUGACAUAUACAGAAUUGUAUCCUGCUCUAAUUCAUAAGAAGUUGGUUCAACUAAGGUCACCGCCUCCUGUUCCAGAGAAACUCCCUUGGUGGUACAAAGCCGAUUCCACUUGUGCUUUUCAUCAGAAUGCUCCUGGGCAUGAUUUAGAGAAUUGCUGGCCUCUAAAGAAUGAAGUUCAUAGAUUGGUCCGUUCUGGUAUGCUUUCCUUCCGUGAUAUUGGUCCAAAUGUGCAGAACAAUCCAUUGCCAACUCAUGAAGCGUCUGCUAUGAACAUGAUGAAUGGAUGCCCUGGAAAGUAUAAGGUUUAUCGUGUGGAGCACAUCAGAGGAUCAUUGGUAGAGAUGCAUGCCACUCUGUGUGAAUAUAGUCAUUAUGAACACAAUCAUGCUGCUUGUAGGAUUUGUUCAGUCAAUCCUCGAGGAUGUUAUAUUGUGAGAAGAGAUUUACAAGAGAUGAUGGAUCACGGGCUCAUUGAGAUUCUGAGAGAAAGAGAUGAAGAUGAUGUCAAUGUGAUUGAGCCAUGCUUUGAAAUUUCGGAAUGUGUAGAGAUUGGUUAUUAUGGAAAAGCUACUGUAGAACCUUUAAAAAGGAUAUUUUAAUUUGUCAAAUAUAUGUUGAUGAUAUUAUGUUUGGGACAUCUAAUGCUACACUUGGAAAGGAGUUUGCUAAGUCUAUGCAGGCAGAAUUUGAGAUGAGCAUGAUGGGCAAACUCAAGUACUUCCUUGGGAUCCAGAUUUAUACAAACUUCUGAGGAACCUAUGUUUACAGACCAAGUAUGUGAAAGAGCUUCUGAAGAAGUUCAAUCUGUCUGAAAGCAAAGAAGCAAAGACUCCAAUGCAUCCAACGUGUGUAUUAGGUAAGGAUGAGGUAAGCAAGAAGGUAGAUCAGAAAAUCUACAGAGGUAUGAUAGGAUCUCUUCUAUAUCUUGUUGCUUCUAGACCUGAUAUUUUAUUCAGUGUAUGCCUGUGUGCUAGAUUCCAAUCAGAUCCUAGAGAAUCUCACUUAACUCCUGUUAAGAGAAUUCUGAGGUAUCUAAAAGGUACAACUAAUGUUGGUUUAGUCUACAGAAGAUCUGAAGAAUACAACUUAGUUGGAUUUUGUGAUUCUGAUUACGCUGGAGAUAGAGUUGAAAGGAAAAGUACUUCUGGAAGCUGUCAGUUUCUGGGAAGUCAUCUGAUCUUCUGGUAUAGCAAGAAGCAAGCCACAACUACCCUCUCUACAAUAGAAGCAGAAUAUGUUGCUGCUGCUGGAUGUAGUACACAGAUGCUCUGGAUGAAGAGUCAGCUAGAAGACUAUCAGAUAUAUGAGAGUAACAUUCCAAUAUUCUGUGAUAAUACCUCUGUUAUCUGUUUAUCUAAGAAUCCUAUUUUAUUAUGGACUAUGUUCAGAAGGGUGUUAUUUCUUUAAACUUUGUGGAUACAGAACAUCAGUGGGCUGAUAUGUUUACAAAACCCUUGCUGAAGAUAUGUUUAAGUUCAUUCUCAAGAACAUCAGUAUGGAUUUAUGCCCAGAAUGAAGUUAUGAGAAGAUCUGAAUAUGGAGUGGAUUUGAAUUGUUUAUUUAUUUUCUUAUCAGAUGUUAUGGAUUUGUAUGUUCAUUUAGAUACUCUGAUUCUGUUAUCCCUAACGUUUCAUAUAUCUAAGAAUGAUACAGAACUUCUGUUAAAGCAAAACAGCUGUCACCAGCUAUUCCAGAUGAUGAAUACGUGUUCAUUCUGAAGGGACAAGCAUGCGUGCAGUUGAUGAGAUGUCGCCCUAGGUAACUGUGCAAAUCUUCACAAAUUUCACGUUAUCUCUCCUAACGUCAUUCAACAUUAAAUGUGAUUGAAUCUCUGCAUUCUGCAACUGUUCAUUCUCAGAAUUUCAUUGCAUUUUGUUUCACAUCCGUGUCUAUUUAAACCCAUAUCAUAUCCAUUUCUUCUCUUUUCACGCAUUCAUCACCUCUUGUUAUAUGCAUUUUUGUCUCUUUUUCUCUCUUUUCAAAAACCCUAAAGUUACGUAACCCAAAAAUCUCAGUUGUGCUUCAAUGGCCUCGUCUAAGCAACAAGUUGGUUCGUCUUCUCAACCACAAAAUCAAGAUCAACAGCAACAACAACUUGUUCCACAUAAGACAUGUUCGAUUGCUUUAAAAGAAUUAGAAGUUAUAUGCAAAAUGAUGGUUGAUUUUGAUAACCUGGAAGCACAUGAUAUUCAUCUCAAGGAUGCCAUGAUCUUUCAAGGAUGGCAAGCGUUCUUCUAUGGUUUGUGUGGACCAGUUUAUCCAGAUUUGGUGAAAGAAUUCUGGUUCAUGCAACUGUCAUGCCUAAAGCCAUUCUGUAUAUUGUUCAUGGUCAACUGUUCUCCAUUACCGAAAAUCUUCUAAGAAAAUUGUUUGGGUUGGAAACCGUUGAAGGUGUUUCUGUUGCAGUUGUAGAAAGAACUGAGUGGAAUGUUGUGUAUGAAGAAAUCUUCAAAUCUGGGAAAGAAUCUACAAAAAUCAAGGAACUGAAGUCUCCCUACAGAAUCUGGGCUAAGGUUCUUCUGGGUUGCAUCUAUCAUAGAAAGGCAACUGUCUCUUCAAACUAUAUUAACAAGGACCAACAAUACAUUCUGUAUUGUAUUGGUAAACAGGAAAAGGUGGAUCUUCCGUUCAUCAUCUUCAACCACAUGUGGAAUCAUGUAAAGGAAUCUAGAGAUGAUUUCAGAAAGAAGAAUCCCAAGUACAAGAGAAACAUUAUUCCUUUUGGAAGAAUCAUCACAGAUCUUCUGGUUCAAACAAAAAUAGUUGAGGAUCUGGAGAAAGCAGGCAUUAUCAAGGAUCCUUAUACAAUGAUUUGAAGCACCAUGAAUGCUCAUACACUAAAGAAGACGGGCUUAAUUGAAUCCAUUGGUGCUACUCCCAGCGUGGACCAUGAGAUUCGGACUAGAAAAGCUCCUGCUCUGGGUGACUUUGAGUUGUUCUUCAGAAAUGAAAAUCCUGAUGUUAUUGUCCGCUACAUAGCUAUGUGCAAAGAGGACUCUAGCUUUGAUCCUAUAUGGAUAAGCAAACAAAAGCUUCUCACUACUGUUGAUCAAUUUCCAGAGUUAGUGAAAGAGAAAGAAAGAAGAACAAAAAGAAAGUUUGACCAACCAGAAGUCAAGAAAGAUAAGAAGGAGAAGAAAGAAGACAAGAAAGAAGAGAAACAGAAGGAACAGAAGAUAGAAGAGAAUAGGGAUAAGAAAAAGGAAUAGGAGAAGGAAAAGAAGAAAGAAGUACAGAAGGAAGCAAGGAAGAGAAGCAGAAGGAGAAGAAGAGGAAGACUGUUGGAGAAGGUCCUGCCAAGCCUCAGAAGACGAAAAAAUCUUCAGGUAUUGUGAUUUCUGAACCUAUUUCUGCUCCUGUUUUUAUUUGAAAAAAUGUAUCAACAGAAGCUCCACCAGAAAUUUCACCAGGAAAAGCCCCAGCUAAACCACCUCCAACCACCAAAGUUUCUCACGCCAUAAUAUCCACUUCUCAACCUCCUCCACUUUCUAACUAUGAACCUGUUGACACUACUGUGUUAUUCCACCUCCCCUCACCAGAAUCUUCAUUUUCUGAUUCUUUCAUUCGCAAAAUGAACUCAUAUAAACCACAAGUCAAUCCAUCUUCUGACCCUGUUAUCGUAGUCUUAGACUCUGACAAUGAAGCUAAAUCCUCUCGUCAACCACCCCAUUCACAAACAUUGUUUAUUCUUGAUAGGGAACCUCAAUCUUAUACCCUCUUCUACCCAGAUAAACCAAUUUUUGCUCUCAAUCCAAAAUCACCAAUCUCACCUCCCAGAACAAACCAUCCAAAACCUUCUGUAGAUGCACGUUUUUAUUUAUUAAACAACAAGGUCAGAACAGGGUUAGAAGUUCUGAAGGUUGCUCAUGACUCCAGACUGGAUCAUGUAGCUGCUGGUAAGCUCUAGAGAGCGUUUGGUAGGGAAAUACAGGCUAAAUUUCUAGACCUCCAGAAAGACUAUUUGGCUGCUGCUCUUGGUCCUGCUGGAUUCUUUUUGGGAGUAUGAUGAUGGCAAGUACUAUCAUCUAAUCACCAACUGGAAGCCUCUGGAAGAGAAGCAGUUUGUUGAUGAUUUAGAAGAAGAAAAUCCUCUGGCUAUAGUGGUCUGGAAGCCACAUCCUUACAAGGUUCUGACUGGAGAUUUUCAGUUGUUGUUUAACUGGUUCAGGGAGAAUCCUCUGGAAAAGGAUCCUGAUAUGGUAUAUCCAAAAGUUUAAUAUCCACCAGAACCUGAACCUCCUGUGUUUAAAGGGCUUCCUACUGAAGAAACUCCUGCUGAGGAAAAUGAAGAAGGUGUCCAAAUGGUUGAAGCUGAUGCUGCUGAUGCUGCUCAUCCUGUUCUAGAAAAUAGUUUUGAUGCUUCUUCUGCUGGUCCUUUUACUCAUGUUCUGCUGAACACUCUGAAGGAACUCCAACAGAAUCAGGCUACCUUGGUUGUUCGUCUGGACAAGCAAGAUGACUCCAAUGUGGAAUUCAGAACUUGGAUGAAGAACCAAGAAGAAACCUCCAAGAAGCAAGCUGAAUACACUUAUGAGAUUAAGAACCUUCUGGCCUCCUUAGCUUCUAAGUUUAGCCAGUUGUAGUCUGUCUUGUGUCUUAGUUGGUUUUUCUUUGUUUUUGCAUCUGUUUCUUGCUUACAUCUGUUUUUGUAUUCUCUUCUUCUAAUUAUUAUCAAUGAAAUAUCUUUUUCUUUCUUCACUCUAUGUGUCUUUCAUUUGAAUUUUUUAUACUUUUUGAUGUUAUGACAAAAAGGGGGAGAAACGUGAUAAUUGAAUUUAUUUAUAAUAUCAGUUGCUGGGCUUAAGUCUCAACAUUCCUAACAAUUAUUUGCAAGUUUUCUGUCUUUGAUAGUUUUUGCAGGAAUGUGAUAUUCUGGACAAGCUAAAUAUGAGAAGCAAAUACAUGGGGAAAAGCAAUUCUAAAGAAUUGAAGCAAGCUUAGUGCUCUAAAGAUUCAAGAUCAGAAGCAAGAAAUGCUUUGCUCAAACCUAAAGCUCUGAUACAAGAAUUCUCGAGAUCUGAUAGAUCAGAUACAUAGAAGACUGAAGAUAGAGCUCUGAUACAAGUGAUCUCAAAGAGAAAUUCAAAGCUGUGAAGCUGUCCAAUGGAAGCUCUGAAGAGAAGCUCUGAAUGUUCUGAAGUUCAAAGUUCAACGUGAAAGUCUCAACUGAAAUGGAAAAAUACUCAGGGAAGUCUUUUAAUUAUAAAUUCUUCUAGUAUUAAUUUCAGGGGGAGAUUGUUAAUCUCUGGGGGAGACAUAAUCAACACACUCUGAAUUAUAUGCUUAUGCUAUAAAUGUGAAAUUGUCUUUGUUCAUCUGAUAUUCUGGAUACAAAUUCAUAUCAAUUAUAUAUGUUUUUGUCAUCAUCAAAAAAGGGGAGAUUGUUAGAACAAGAAAUGUUCUGAUCAAUAUUCUUAGUUUUGAUGAUAACAUUAAGUAUGAAUUUUGUAUAAGACAAUGUGGUACUUUAAUCCUUUAAGUUUUCCAUUUCAGGAAAUAUAUAAAGAGUGUGCACAAAUCAGCGUUCAGAAACACUGACCCAAAGUUCGGGAUGGCUUCAUCAGAACAUGGCCUGGCAAGACAUCAAAAGAUGGUCCUGCAGAAUCAGAACAUGAUCUGGAAAGCAUUAGAAGAUGGCAGUCAGAAGUACAAGCUCAGAAGCUCUGAUGGUAUCACGCUCAAAGCACUUCAAAGUCAGAAGACAGAAGAUGCUCGGCACCAAAGCUGAAGACUCUGAUAUUCAAACGUUGUUAUCUACAAAAUCUGAGUCCAGAAGAAAGUACAAGAUGAAAGGCUAUAACGUCAAAUCUCUGACUGACAAAAGGAACGUUAGAAGCUACAAAAGGCAAAGUUAGUAAAAGAAGCAAAAGCAUGGCUCGAGGUAGUUGACAAAAGUGUGAAACAUUAAAUGCAGCGUUGUACUAUUCACGCAAAGCAUUAAAUGCUCCCAACAGUCAUUUCCUCUCAAGCGCCUAUAUAUAGAAGUUCCAUUCAGAAUCAGCAUACAACACUUUGCGCAAACAUACCAAAACGCUGUCAAACUGAAAAGAAAAAAGAACUUCAUCUUCAACCUCACAAACUUUGUAAUAUCUUAGUGAGAGUUAAGAACUAGAACUUAAGAGAAAUAUCACUUUGUGUGAUUACUUCUUUAUUAGAAGCAAGUUAUACUCUGGUAAACAUUUAUCUUUACAUUGAUUGUAAAAGGAAUUCCUAGAGUGAUCAAAUAUGGAAGAGAACUGUAUGCGGUUGAUUUAAGA